AUACCUACUAAGGUAACCUAGGUAGGUAGGUAACCUGCCUUCUAAUUACAUCGCAUUUGCUUUCCGUAAACAUCCAUUUCCCCCGCAGUAUCGGAACAAGCCACGCAUAGAUCCAUCUACGUAGCAUAAACAUAAAAAGCAAACGCAGCCAUGGCCCCCGUCACAGAACUCAUCGCCCUAGACCUCAAGCCGGACCUCCCCGCCGCCGAGGCCGCCUCCAUCCUCGACACGACCGCCGCCACCCUAGUCGCACAGCCGGGGUGUCUGCGCGUGCGCACGUCCCGGCUGCACGAAGACGUCAACGCGGUGCGCAUGUUCGCCGACUGGGAGUCGGUGACGGCGCACCGCGCCUUCGAAAAGACGGAAGCGUACGCGCCGUUCAAAGCGCGCGUGUUCGGCGCCGUCGCCGGCCCGCCCAAGCGCCCGUACCACGUCGAGUUUGCGCCGUUCCCCGUCGCCGCGCUCGACAACACGGGCCCCAACAGCAAGACCCCCGUCGCCGAGGUCCUGCACAUCUGGUUUCCGGGCGACUACCCCGAGGACGCGCGCAAGCGCACCACGGACGCCGUGCUCGCGUUCACGCGGCAGAUGACCCCGUUUGCCGAGGGCUUGACGGGCGAGACGGCGCUGGGGUGGUCGGUCGAGCGGGAUAUCGACCACGACGGCGUCCCGAGCAGUGCCUUGGUGUUGAUCCUGGGAUGGACGAGUGUCGACGCGCACAUGAAGGCGCGCGAUCACCCCGGGUUCGCCAAGAUUAUUCCGCUGUUGAAGGACCUCGAGGGACUGAAGGGCCUGGAGAUGAAGCAUGUGAGCAACACUACGGUGGAGGCUAGUGGCUAGAUGCGCUGAAUGUGGGAUGAGACGGCGGGAUGCAAGAUGGACGUGAAGAACAACUCCCCGAUGGUGGGGAGGAUUUAUGCCAAGUAUUGCGGAUGGACUUGUCUCGUUUCUUAAACGAAAUUGACGUGUGCAUCACUCUUUACACACGAUAUGAUGUCCUAUAAAAUAUAAAAAAUGCAAAAUAUAAAAAAUGCCCAAUACGAGAUUCAAUUGAGACCUCAGUACUCGUUUCUGGACGUUUGUAGGCUUCGUUGUGGCUAGUGUAAGUUCCCUCGUUUCCUGCUGUUCGCCUUAUAUCCAAAUAAAUUACCAAUAUACACAAACUGCACAUAAAGACUUUAAAGACGGG